CUUUAUUUUCUGUCUUUCAUUUUUGCAUUUCCAAAGGGGGUGGCGAAUGUAACCGCCGUAACUUGCCUUUAGAUCCGAAGAUAUUAGAUUUCAGUGUUUGACAGAGAAUCGAUUUAAAAAGUCGCGAAAAAAAAAACAGUAUUGAUUAACGUAUGAUCCACCAGACCAAUCGCUUUGCAUGCUUAGAAAAUAAUUGGUUUAAAUAAUUUUGAAAUUAGAAAAACUAGACGCAAACUAAAUACAAAAAUGUCAAUGGCGAAUGUUAAAAUGGAAAGCAACGCAUAUCUUGCUUUUAUGAUGAUUUUAUCGGUACAAGGAGAAUUCAUUUCUAAUUUCAUGUUAAGAAAUUCGUCCUACGACAACAGAGCAACUUACGCAAUUAAUGUAAUUUUUACGUCAAAUUGCCGUAGUCGUUUAGACUGUGCAUCUCGAUGUACAGCUUGGGGUGAGUGUAAAUCUGUGAUGUUCAACAUGGACACACGUCAAUGUCAACUUCUGUCUGUCCACAUGGAUGACCAAUCAAACGCAGGACCACACACUUCCGUAGGUUGGCUGUACUAUGAGAGGAAAACUGAAGAUGAACCAAAUACAGCCACUGAGACAGCCGAUCUGCCGACAACAGUAAUUAGCACUGAAACUUCGCAGUCAUCAUCUCCUAAUGUCGCGACUGACUUGACAACAGUAGUUAACUUUGAAACUACAACUACAUCUGAAGAUGAACCAAAUACAGCCACUGAGACAGCCGAUCUGCCGACAACAGUAAUUAGCACUGAAACUUCGCAGUCAUCAUCUCCUAAUGUCGCGACUGACUUGACAACAGUAGUUGACUUUGAAACUACAACUACAUCUGAAGAUGAACCAAAUACAGCCACUGAGACAGCCGAUCUGCCGACAACAGUAAUUAGCACUGAAACUUCGCAGUCAUCAUCUCCUAAUGUCGCGACUGACUUGACAACAGUAGUUGACUUUGAAACUACAACUACAUCUGAAGAUGAACCAAAUACAGCCACUGAGACAGCCGAUCUGCCGACAACAGUAAUUAGCACUGAAACUUCGCAGUCAUCAUCUCCUAAUGUCGCGACUGACUUGACAACAGUAGUUGACUUUGAAACUACAACUACAUCUGAAGAUGAACCAAAUACAGCCACUGAGACAGCCGAUCUGCCGACAACAGUAAUUAGCACUGAAACUUCGCAGUCAUCAUCUCCUAAUGUCGCGACUGACUUGACAACAGUAGUUGACUUUGAAACUACAACUACAUCUGACUGCUCAUUGUGGCACUAUCGUUUCGGUCAUUGGUACUUGUUGGAUUCUAAUAACAGAACAUUUAACGACUCACGGACAUUCUGCGCCAGCCUGUCUCCGCCAUCUUACGUGAUUGAAGUACAAUCUCAAGAGGAAAAUAAUUGGCUCAUCGAAUUAACAUCUAACCGAUGUGGAGUACCUCACGAAUACUGGCUGAACGGAUACGAUACCGAUAACUCUGGGACGUUUACGUGGAUUGAUAGUCAAACUCCGUCAAAUUACACAAACUGGUACACUGGUCAACCGAAAGAUGAAUCUGGCAAUGGUACUGAGAAAUGUAUUGCAUCAUCUACUGGAUAUACAGGAGUAUGGGUUGAUAUUCCAUGUUCAUUAACUAGACCAGUUGUUUGCGAAAGAAAUUUUUAGAAGAAUUAAGUGAAUACAAACAAUUCUUGUAAAAAAUAAUUACUGUGGUGGUGAUUUUUAGUUUCAAACACGGUGAUAUAGGACACCUGCCGCUAAUAACAUGGAUAAAAGUUCAUAAUGUUAAAAAUUUAAAAAAAAAUUUAUUUAAAAAAUAUUUGACUCAAAGAAUAUGUUUGUAACAUUUUUGAAAUCGUAAAAUUUAUCAGAACCUCCCGCGGGCUUUGGCGCUACACUGUAAGGUAACAGCUCUGAGAAAGAAACCAUUUUUUAUGAAAUUUUUCUUUAUUUUAUUGUUUUUUUUUAUAAUUGUAUGCACAAAAUUUUUUAUAUUCAUUAAUAUUAAAAUUAAAAUCCAUAUAACAAUUAAAUCAGUAUAUUCCAUUUUCAUAUCAGAACAUGCAUGUAAAAGAAUGAAUGUUUCAGGUUGGAAAACGUAAUUUAAUUUAUUUGUAGUGAUUGUAGAAUUAUGUUUAAUUUUGUUGAUUUAUGUCUUAUGGUACUCUGUGAAAAAAUUAAUUCAAAGUUGAAUAAUUGACAUAAAACAUACAUUUUCUCAGUUGAUUUGAUACGCAAAACAAUGCUCUACGCAUGGACAGUUUCUUAGGCGAGGCAAGCUACUGACAAACAAGUUAAUAAAACAGGACUACAUGUACCUACAGUCUCGAUUGAAGUCAUUUUGUCGUAAGUUCUAUGGUCCAUACAACGACCUUGUCAGCAAAUAUAAUCCACUGGGUCGCAUGGUGACCGACCUUUUUGAUACUUAUUGUUAGACCAUAAUUAAUCUCCUCAUUGUCUACGGAUUUUUCCCGCUUUUCUGAUUACGACAAAGAGCACGCGACGGGUGUGACUGACCAGAAGAGGAUAUUCACUCUGACACCUGAUCAUUCCUCUAAUUUUUUUAGAGGUCCAUGUUUGCUAUACUCCUUUUUGUAUUUUCCUUUGAAUUUUGAUUUGAACACUGUUCGUUGUUACCACAAGUCAUUCAUGUAAUAUACCUAUAUUUACAAAAUUUCAAUACAUAAGCAUUUGUAUCUUGGUGAUGGUGGUGGGUGGGGGAUUCACACAGAGUGUGGUUAUCUGCUAAAAGACAUGUUAACCUAUUAAGAGACAUUUUUAAUAAGAAUUAAAAUCUAUUAUUUUCCCUUUGUAUGAUAAUAUAUUUUAUGCAAUAUGAAAUUCAUUUUUAAUUUUACUUGAUUCACAUUUACUUUUAAUGUUCUCAUAAUUCAAAUUUAAUGCCAAAAAUGAUUAAUUAUGUACGUAAAUGUACCCCCAUCCCCAAUUUAUACACCACACAGCUAGGGGAUUUAGGAUAAAAUAGAUAUUAUGAAAUCAAAGCGGUGGGAAGUAUAUAAAAACGUGUGUCAUACCAGGUAUUUAUUUUGAUCUGUUGCGUUUACAUGUCCUUUCCUUAUUAAAGCAUUCUCUCCUACAGUAAUUCAUUUCGCGAAGGUAUGCUCCGCUGUGCGAUGCCCUUGUUCGAUAUUUAUAAAUACAAAUGUACCUCGGAGUUUAAAUGAUGUUCAUUUAAGAAAUAAACAACAAUUUUGAAAGUUCACCGAGAUAUGAACUUAGUUGGUUAAGUAAUCAAAUCCUGUGAAGCCUGAAGGGCUGCUCGAUAGUUUAUGUUUACAAUUACAUGUAAACAAGCGACUAGCGCGUGCUAUGGUCAUUGUGGCGUCAUGGAGAAGUUGAUGCAGAAUUCUGUAGGUUCAUGACAGAAAACAUAUUUGCAAAUGUAAAUAUUCAAGAAAUAAACAGCAAUUUAAAAAGUUCACCGAGAUAACAACUUGGUUGGUCACUUGAUCAAGUCCUGUGAAGCCCGAAGUGCUUCUCAGAAGAUUUGAUCACGUACCAACCAAGUUCAUAUCCCGUUGAGCUUUUUAACAUUGCUGUUUAUUACUUAUAUUUACGUCUGAAAAGACAAAUUGUUCAGAAUUGUUAAAAUAACCGAUAUUUUAUGUUUACAAUUAGAUAAGCGAUUAGCACGUUCUAUGAUCAUUGUGGCGUCAUAAAAAGUUGAUACAGAUUGAACGUUCUCGCUAUUUUGUAGGUUCAUGAAAAAAAAAACGUAUUUGCAAUUGUAAAUAUUUAACAGUAUUUCUUCUUUUAAACGCCCCCUCUAGCUUGGCAGUUUUGAAUACACGGUUUAAAAUAAAAAGGUAUACGGGGAUUUUGCAUUGCCAGCGAGAUGAAAGUACCCGGAGAGUAACAUUGAAAGAUUGUGCGAGGUAUUCAGAGUGACUUCCGAAUGGAGAAAAGAUGUCAACAUUUCCCAUGAUAAAUCUCCGCAAGAAUCUCUUUUCGUUCCUGUUAUUUGUAUUUUUCACCAUAAUUAAAUCACAGCAUAUACUGCAGAAUCCCUGUUUGUGGUUUUUAUUUCUUACUUCAGACAGUCAGGUCAUAUGGGUUUACAUCUUUAUUCAUCGAUAUACAAAAGAAAAAGAAAAACGAAUUUUAAGGUUUUAAAAUAUAUUCUUGGUAAGGGCCAGAGAAACGUGACUAUACAUUUUCGUGGAAUUAAAAGCUAGGAAAAUUAGAGCAACUCUCUCUCUUUGUCAGAAUCAAAAAUGGUUCCAUUGAAAUAAAAUUUUCAGAAAUGUUAAAGAGACAUCACGGCGCAUCUUAUCAAAACACCGACUUGAAAAAAUUUUCCGAUCGGGUUCGGUAUUCGGUAAUACUCAUGAAUGUAUAAACUUUCAGAAAAUUACAACGUUCUCCAUUAGAUAAAUCUAAUUAUUUCAUUAAAAUUAAUAAGUACGUAUAACCUAUCACAUAAAUACAUCGCAACGUGUUACGGGGUCAGCCUUCUAUACUAUUACGCAUGCGUAUUUAAUGUAAACAAAACACAUGCAGGGCUCGCGAAGAUUCUCCUGUACACAAUGGUACAUGUUUGUUGAUAAAUAUAAGUUUUUUCUACUUCUCCCAGGUAAUAGUUGUUCAAAGUUUUUAAAACAACCACAAUUAUUAUUUUGUAAGCAUGUAUUUUGCGUGCUUAUCAUAGGAGUUGACUAUCCUCUGUCCCAAUAUAUCCUGGAUUCACAUUUUGCUUAAUUGAUUGAUAUUUAUAAAUACCUCAGGGUUCAAACGAUAUUCAUUCAAAAGAAUUUCCAAGAUUUCUUAGUCGAUACGCCCUUGUUAGCUUAUCAGGUUUCAAUACAAUGCUAAAAAAUGUUAUGUCUACGUGGAUUUUGUAUUGCAGUAAGCCCGGAUGAUAACGUUGAAAAAUUGCGCGGUGUAUUCUGAGUGUAUUCAGAAUGGAGAAAAGAUGUAAACAUUCCCCAUUAUAAAUCUCCAUAAGGAAUCUGUUUUCGUUCCUAUGUUGUUUUUUUCGAGUGAAAGAUGAUAAUGUGUCAAUGAAACAAUCUUGGAAAUUAUCCCUUUCAACUAUUUCAAUUGCACUUCUUUCCCAGGUAUGUGUAUUUUUAUUAAAAAUCGUCCAAAUGUGCUGCAUAAAUAUCUUGGGACAGACUAUACAAGCUAAAUUUAUUUUUGUAAGUGAGGCCCUUGAGGGGUUAUUUGACUCAUUUAAGUUUGUUCAUUUUAAAAUGAACCGAAAUUGGAAAACCAUUAAUAGAUUAUCGAGAAAGUGAUCAUCUGUUCCGUUUAGAGGGUCCUUUACCUCGUAUACCACGAUGAUCUGAGUCAGGCGAAUAUCUUGUAGUUUUGGGCACCUGUCAAUUACUGUCAAUCAAAAUCCACGUGGUACAAAUAAACGAUAUAAGAUUAUUACGGUUUUUACUACUCUUAAAUUUCCGGAAGCUCAUAAUUACAUAAAUUAGGUACGUGAAAGGGAUUUUUAUCUAUUUCAACUGUUACAAUCAACGUUAUUUCUUAUUUCCUAACGAAACAAUGGGUAAAUCUGAAGUUAUUCACACGUGUUUUAGCUGUACUGUCUCUUUAAGCUACUUUAAAAACUUUCCAAUACUGUCUUUCUUUUUAAACCAAUUUCAUUUUUUUUUUAUUAAAUUCCCAAAUAUUACACAAUAAAUCUUCAUCUUGUUUUAUGGAAGGUUAUUCAAAUAACUGCGUAGCUUGAUAUUUUAUCAGUUCUAUUGAAACUCGUGUAAAAUGCUGUACAGGUGUUACACAGGUGCAUGUAGCACUUGAAUACAAUGCAUGGCAACUUAAGAUUUUCCAGCUAAACAAAAGUACAUAUCCAAAUUCGUACCGGUACUUUACAUGUAAUGACAUCGACUGAUCAUUUUAUAAUUUAUUAUAAUAUAAGUAAGCAAUGACUUUAGAAUAUUACAACAAAAAAUUAUCGGCUUUUUAAAGUACUUGGUUGCAUAUUCUAUUAUUCUUGUGAACAUCUUUCCUUACACCACAUUAUGUGUGAAUUUGAUUGAGCUGUCUCAAGUUUUCAAUAUCAGUCGGAAAAAAUGCUUCAUAAUUGUGACGUGAUGUAUAUCUGUUUUAAUGGGGUUAAUUCAGAAAACAGAAACCUAUUGUUGUGCAGUGUGUCACUUUUCUAUGAAAACAUACAUGUAGACUUGUGGGUUUUAUCAAGAAGCUCUGUACAAAGAAACGCAUUAUUGUAAAUAAUAGCAUUUAUUUAUUAGAGUUUUAACAUGUCCAAUGUUUAUAUUUUAUAUGUUAUAUCCGUGUUUAUCCUUAUUGUGUUUUACCUAGGUUAUAGUCUUAUCAAUGGGGAUAAUUUUAUCAGCCAAUGAGAGAGAGAAAGAGAGCUGAUCAUUGUACGUCACUUUUUCUUAGGACAGUGGGGGUUUUCAAGUUCUUCCCCACCAACCACCACUGACAUUAAUUCCAAAUCUGUAAUAGUUGUAUAAUUAUUAGUGUAGUUUAUAGCUUUUAUUUACAUAUUUGUAGAUACUCUUCCAUUGAUAAAUAGGUUUCCAAUUUUGUCUGCCACCUCUUUUGCACAUCAGUUAUCAUAUUCCCACUGGAUUGUUUAAUUUGAAUAUUAAGGUAAUUUGAUACACUUAGGAAAUUUGUAUCAUGUUUUUAUAAGUGAUGUAUUGUGUAAUUUAGAUUCUACCUUUACUGAAUUGUUUAUCUAUUAUAAUUUCCUGUCAUCAGUUUUAAUAAAUUACAAUUUCAU